AUGGCUCUCUCAAGCAGUCAACCGCCCGCGGAGCGUAAAACGAGCCCAGGGGCACGAGAGAGGCCUGGGAAAGACUCAGCGUUAAUAACUCGUCAACUGCCUUUAUAUCGAUGCAUCAAGGAAUUAGUUAACUACUCGGUACUUGAUGUUUAUCGCUGCACGACGUGCAUCCACUUUCAUUGCCUCAUGUCUGAGAAACUCCAGCAACCACUCGAGAUGCAAGAUCCAGAUGACGAAUUGCAGGACGUGUCUCCUCCACCGAAAUAG